CCUGAGCCUGUACCCUUGUGCUUAGAGCCAGGGCCUUCCUGCCUGCUUGCCAGUGGCCCCUGUCACCCCUGUGCCAAGGGAGCCUCAUCAGCCUCCUGGCUGUGUGCCGCCUGUUGCCCUCACCCCUGUGCUGACAAGCCAGCUCCCAGCAGCCAUGGUGGCUGGCAUGCUUAUGCCACUGGACCAGCUGCGGGCCAUCUACGAGGUGCUCUUUCGUGAGGGGGUGAUGGUGGCCAAGAAGGACCGGAGGCCCCGCAGCAUGCAUCCACAUGUGCCUGGCGUCACCAACCUACAGGUCAUGCGCGCCAUGGCCUCCCUACGGGCUCGGGGCCUGGUGCGGGAGACCUUUGCCUGGCGCCACUUCUACUGGUACCUUACCAAUGAGGGCAUUGCUCACCUACGCCAGUAUCUGCACCUGCCGCCAGAGAUUGUGCCUGCCUCUCUGCAGCGUGUACGCCGUCCUGUUGCCAUGGUGAUGCCUGCACGUCGUUCCCCUCAUGUCCAGGCUGUACAGGGUCCCUUGAGCUGCCCGCCAAAGCGAGGGUCUCUGCCAGCUGAGGACCCUGCCCGUGAGGAGCGGAAAGUCUACCGACGGAAGGAGCGUGAGGAGGGGACACCCGAAACCCUUCUGGUGUCUGCCACCACUGUGGGGACCCUGGCAAGGCCAGGCCCAGAGCCUGCCCCAGCCACAGAUGAACGGGACCGUGUGCAGAAGAAAACCUUCACCAAGUGGGUCAACAAACACCUCAUCAAGCAUUGGAGGGCAGAGGCCCAGAGGCACAUCAGUGACUUGUAUGAAGACCUCCGCGAUGGCCACAACCUCAUCUCCCUGCUGGAGGUCCUCUCGGGGGACAGCCUGCCGAGGGAGCGGGACCUAAUCAGGAGCUUGCGCCUGCCCCGGGAGAAGGGGAGAAUGCGGUUCCACAAGCUGCAGAAUGUCCAGAUUGCCCUGGACUACCUCCGGCACCGCCAGGUAAAGUUGGUGAACAUCAGGAAUGAUGACAUUGCUGACGGCAAUCCCAAGCUGACCCUUGGCCUCAUCUGGACAAUCAUCCUGCACUUCCAGAUCUCAGACAUCCAGGUGAGCGGGCAAUCUGAGGACAUGACAGCCAAGGAGAAGCUGCUUCUGUGGUCACAGCGCAUGGUGGAGGGCUACCAGGGUCUGCGCUGUGACAACUUCUCCUCCAGCUGGCGUGACGGCCGCCUCUUCAAUGCCAUCAUCCAUCGGCACAAGCCCAUGCUCAUUGAUAUGAACAAGGUGUACCGUCAGAGCAACCUGGAGAACCUGGACCAGGCCUUCUCUGUGGCAGAGCGAGACCUGGGAGUGACACGGCUCCUGGACCCAGAAGAUGUGGAUGUGCCUCAGCCUGAUGAGAAGUCCAUCAUUACCUAUGUCUCGUCCCUGUAUGACGCCAUGCCCCGGGUGCCCGGCGCGCAGGAUGGGGUGAGAGCCAAUGAGCUGCAGCUUCGCUGGCAGGAGUACCGGGAGCUUGUGCUGCUGUUGCUGCAGUGGAUCCGGCACCACACAGCUGCCUUCGAGGAGCGCAAGUUCCCCUCCAGCUUUGAAGAGAUUGAGAUUCUAUGGUGCCAAUUCUUGAAGUUCAAGGAGACAGAGCUUCCUGCCAAGGAGGCAGACAAGAACCGGUCUAAGGGCAUCUACCAGUCCCUGGAGGGGCCAGUACAAGCAGGCCAGCUCAAGGUUCCUCCUGGCUACCACCCUCUGGAUGUGGAGAAGGAAUGGGGCAAGUUGCACGUGGCCAUCCUGGAGCGGGAGAAGCAGCUCCGGAGCGAGUUUGAGAGGCUGGAGUGUCUUCAGCGCAUUGUGAGCAAGCUGCAGAUGGAGUCUGGGCUGUGUGAGGAGCAGCUGAACCAGGCCGACGCCCUGCUGCAGUCGGAUAUUCGGCUGCUGGCCUCAGGCAAGGUGGCACAGCGGGCUGGGGAAGUGGAGCGAGACCUAGACAAGGCAGAUGGGAUGAUCCGGCUGCUGUUCAAUGAUGUUCAGACCCUUAAGGAUGGGCGGCACCCGCAGGGUGAGCAGAUGUACCGGAGGGUGUAUCGUCUACAUGAGCGCCUGGUAGCCAUCCGCACUGAAUAUAACCUGAGGCUAAAGGCUGGAGUGACCACCACUGUGACCCAAGUGACUCUGCAAAGCACACAGAGGCGCCCAGAGCUAGAGGACUCCACUCUACGCUACCUGCAGGACCUGUUGGCCUGGGUGGAGGAGAAUCAGCGCCGGGUGGACAGCGCUGAGUGGGGCGUGGACUUGCCCAGUGUGGAGGCACAGCUGGGCAGCCACCGAGGCUUGCACCAGUCCAUUGAGGAAUUUCGGGCCAAGAUUGAGCGGGCACGGAGUGAUGAGGGCCAGCUUUCUCCUGCCACCCGGGGUGCCUAUCGGGACUGCCUGGGUCGACUUGACCUGCAGUAUGCUAAGCUGUUGAACUCCUCCAAGGCCCGUCUCCGGUCCCUGGAGAGCCUGCAUGGUUUUGUGGCAGCUGCCACCAAGGAGCUGAUGUGGCUGAAUGAGAAAGAGGAGGAGGAGGUGGGUUUCGACUGGAGUGACCGCAAUACCAACAUGGCUGCCAAGAAGGAGAGCUACUCGGCCCUGAUGCGGGAGCUGGAGCUGAAGGAAAGGAGAAUCAAGGAGAUCCAGAGCACUGGGGACCGGCUGCUGCGGGAAGACCACCCUGCACGGCCCACGGUAGAGUCCUUCCAGGCCGCCUUGCAGACCCAGUGGAGUUGGAUGCUGCAGCUGUGUUGCUGCAUCGAGGCUCACCUGAAGGAGAACACAGCCUACUUCCAGUUCUUCUCAGAUGUCCGGGAGGCGGAGGAACAUUUGCAGAAGCUGCAGGAGACGCUGCGCAGGAAGUACAGCUGUGACCGCUCUAUCACUGUCACCCGGCUUGAGGACCUGCUGCAGGAUGCCCAGGACGAGAAGGAGCAGCUCAACGAGUACAAGGGACACCUCUCAGGCCUGGCCAAGCGAGCCAAGGCCAUUGUGCAGUUAAAGCCCCGUAACCCCACCCACCCUGUUCGAGGCCAUGUGCCCCUGCAGGCUGUGUGUGACUACAAGCAGGUGGAGGUGACCGUGCACAAGGGUGACCAGUGCCAGCUGGUGGGUCGUGCACAGCCAUCCAACUGGAAGGUGCUCAGCAGCUCCGGCAGUGAGGCCGCCGUGCCUUCUGUGUGCUUUCUUGUGCCACCGCCCAACCAGGAAGCCCAGGAAGCCGUCACCAGGCUGGAGGCCCAGCACCAGGCCUUGGUUGCUCUGUGGCACCAGCUGCAUGUGGACAUGAAGAGUCUUUUGGCUUGGCAGAGCCUCACCCGUGACGUGCAGCUAAUCCGCUCCUGGUCCCUGGUCACGUUCCGGACUCUGAAGCCGGAGGAGCAGCGUCAGGCCCUGCGCAACCUGGAGCUGCACUACCAGGCCUUCCUCCGCGAUAGCCAGGAUGCUGGUGGCUUUGGGCCAGAGGACCGCUUGGCAGCAGAGCGCGAGUACGGAUCCUGUAGCCGCCACUACCAGCAGCUUCUGCAAAGCCUGGAGCAGGGUGAGCAGGAAGAGUCUCGUUGUCAGCGCUGCAUCUCAGAACUCAAAGACAUCCGGCUUCAGCUGGAGGCCUGUGAGACUCGCACUGUGCACCGUCUGCGUCUGCCACUGGACAAAGAGCCUGCGCGGGAGUGCGCCCAGCGCAUUGCUGAGCAGCAGAAAGCGCAAGCUGAGGUGGAGGGACUGGGCAAGGGCGUUGCCCGGCUUUCUACAGAGGCUGAGAAGGUCCUGGCCCUUCCUGAACCGUCACUUGCUGCUCCCACUCUUCGCUCGGAGCUGGAACUGACCCUGGGCAAGCUGGAGCAAGUCCGCAGCUUGUCUGCCAUCUACCUGGAGAAGCUCAAGACCAUCAGCCUGGUGAUCCGUAGCACUCAGGGGGCUGAGGAAGUACUGAAGGCCCAUGAAGACCAUCUCAAAGAAGCCCAGACUGUGCCGGCCACCCUCCCAGAGCUCGAGGCCACCAAGGCUUCACUGAAGAAGCUGCGGGCCCAGGCAGAGGCUCAGCAGUCUGUGUUCGACACUCUGAGAGAUGAGCUGCGGGGUGCGCAGGAGGUGGGUGAGCGGCUGCAACAGCGACAUGGAGAGAGGGAUGUGGAAGUCGACCGCUGGCGAGAGCGCAUCACCCAGCUGCUGGAGCGCUGGCAAGCCGUGCUGGCCCAGGCCGACUUGCGGCAGCGUGAGCUCGAUCAGCUGGGCCGCCAAUUGCGCUACUACCGUGAAAGCGCAGACCCACUGAGUGCCUGGCUCCAGGAUGCCAAGCAGCGGCAGGAGAAGAUCCAGGCUGUGCCCAUGGCCAACAGCCAGGCUGCGCGGGAGCAACUGCGGGAAGAGAAGGCUCUACUGGAGGAGAUCGAGCGCCAUGGUGAGAAGGUUGAGGAGUGCCAGAGGUUUGCCAAGCAGUACAUCAAUGCCAUCAAGGAUUAUGAGCUCCAGCUGGUCACUUACAAGGCGCAGCUGGAGCCCGUGGCCUCCCCAGCUAAGAAGCCCAAGGUCCAGUCUGGGUCGGAGAGUGUCAUCCAGGAGUACGUGGACCUGCGUACACGCUACAGUGAGCUGACCACGCUCACCAGUCAGUACAUCAAGUUCAUCAGCGAGACGCUGCGCCGCAUGGAGGAGGAGGAGAGGCUGGCUGAGCAACAGCGGGCAGAGGAGCGGGAACGACUGGCUGAGGUGGAAGCUGCGCUUGAGAAGCAGCGGCAGCUAGCUGAGGCGCAUGCCCAGGCCAAGGCACAGGCAGAGCUAGAGGCACAGGAGCUGCAGCGACGUAUGCAGGAGGAGGUGGCGCGUCGUGAGGAAGCAGCAGUGGAUGCACAGCAGCAGAAGCGCAGCAUUCAGGAGGAGCUGCAGCAACUGCGGCAGAGCUCCGAGGCAGAGAUCCAGGCCAAGGCCCAGCAGGUGGAGGCAGCCGAGCGCAGCCGGCUGCGCAUCGAAGAGGAGAUCCGUGUGGUGCGGCUGCAGCUGGAGACCACUGAGCGUCAGCGUGGUGGGGCUGAGGGCGAGCUGCAGGCUCUCCGAGCCCGGGCUGAGGAGGCGGAAGCACAGAAGCGGCAGGCUCAGGAGGAAGCUGAGCGCUUGCGGAGGCAGGUGCAGGACGAGAGCCAGCGCAAACGGCAGGCUGAAGCAGAGCUGGCCCUGCGCGUGAAGGCCGAGGCUGAGGCGGCUCGUGAGAAGCAGCGGGCCCUACAGGCUCUGGAGGAGCUGAAGCUGCAAGCCGAGGAGGCUGAACGGCGGCUGCGACAGGCUGAGGCUGAGCGGGCGCGCCAAGUGCAGGUGGCUCUGGAGACAGCUCAGCGCAGUGCAGAGGUAGAGCUGCAGAGCAAGCGUGCCUCCUUCGCGGAGAAGACCGCCCAGUUGGAGCGCACCCUGCAGGAGGAACAUGUGGCCGUGGCCCAGCUGCGAGAGGAGGCCGAGCGGCGGGCGCAGCAGCAAGCCGAGGCGGAGCGUGCUCGGGAGGAGGCCGAGCGAGAGCUGGAGCGCUGGCAGCUAAAGGCCAACGAGGCGCUGCGCCUGCGGCUGCAGGCAGAAGAGGUGGCACAGCAGAAGAGCCUGGCUCAGGCCGAGGCCGAGAAACAGAAGGAAGAGGCCGAGCGCGAGGCCCGGCGCCGCGGCAAGGCCGAGGAGCAGGCUGUGCGGCAGCGAGAGCUGGCCGAGCAGGAGCUCGAGAGGCAGCGGCAGCUGGCGGAAGGCACUGCACAGCAGCGCCUGGCAGCAGAGCAGGAGCUGAUCCGCCUGCGGGCCGAGACAGAGCAGGGGGAACAGCAGCGACAGCUGCUGGAGGAGGAGCUGGCCCGGCUACAGCGUGAGGCCACUGCAGCCACGCAGAAGCGCCAGGAACUGGAGGCGGAGUUGGCCAAGGUGCGGGCCGAGAUGGAGGUGCUGCUGGCCAGCAAGGCGCGAGCUGAGGAAGAGUCUCGCUCCACCAGCGAGAAGUCCAAGCAGAGGCUGGAGGCUGAGGCGGGCCGUUUUCGUGAGCUGGCUGAGGAAGCUGCCCGUCUGCGUGCCCUGGCUGAGGAGGCCAAGCGGCAGCGGCAGCUGGCCGAGGAGGAUGCGGCCCGCCAGCGGGCUGAGGCGGAACGGGUGCUCACUGAGAAGCUGGCUGCCAUCAGUGAGGCCACAAGGCUCAAGACUGAGGCGGAGAUCGCCCUCAAAGAGAAGGAGGCGGAGAAUGAGCGCCUGCGGCGGCUGGCUGAGGACGAGGCCUUCCAGCGGCGGCGGCUUGAGGAGCAGGCUGCUUUGCACAAGGCUGACAUCGAGGAGCGCUUGGCUCAGCUCCGCAAGGCAUCGGAGACUGAGCUGGAGCGGCAGAAGGGGCUGGUGGAAGACACACUGCGGCAGCGGCGCCAGGUGGAGGAAGAGAUCAUGGCGCUGAAGGUGAGCUUUGAGAAGGCUGCGGCCGGCAAGGCGGAGCUGGAGCUGGAGCUGGGGCGCAUUCGUAGCGAUGCCGAGGACACCCUGCGCAGCAAGGAGCAGGCUGAGCUUGAGGCGGCGCGGCAGCGGCAGCUUGCGGCUGAGGAGGAGCAGCGGCGCCGCGAGGCUGAGGAACGCGUGCAGAAGAGCCUGGCAGCUGAGGAGGAAGCCGCAAGGCAGCGCAAGGCUGCACUGGAGGAGGUUGAGAGGCUCAAGGCCAAAGUAGAGGAGGCACGGCGCCUGCGGGAGCGAGCCGAGCAGGAGUCGGCACGGCAGCUGCAGCUGGCACAGGAGGCUGCCCAGAAGCGGCUGCAGGCGGAGGAGAAGGCACAUGCCUUCGCGGUGCAGCAGCGGGAGGAGGAGCUGCAGCAGACACUGCAGCAGGAGCAGAGCAUGCUAGAGCGCUUGCGCGGUGAGGCAGAGGCAGCGCGGCGGGCUGCCGAGGAGGCCGAGGAGGCUCGGGAGCAGGCUGAGCGUGAGGCGGCACAGUCUCGGCGCCAAGUGGAAGAGGCUGAGCGGCUGAAGCAGUCUGCGGAGGAGCAGGCACAGGCCAGGGCUCAGGCACAGGCUGCCGCCGAGAAGCUGCGCAAGGAUGCCGAGCAGGAGGCAGCACGACGGGCGCAAGCUGAGCAGGCUGCAUUGAAGCAGAAGCAAGCCGCUGAUGCAGAGAUGGAAAAACACAAGAAGUUCGCCGAGCAAACGUUGCGGCAAAAGGCCCAGGUAGAGCAGGAGCUGACAACACUGAGGCUGAAGCUGGAGGAGACUGACCAUCAGAAGAGCAUCCUGGACGAGGAGCUGCAGCGGCUAAAAGCCGAGGUGACCGAGGCAGCCCGGCAGCGCAGCCAGGUAGAGGAGGAGCUCUUCUCUGUGCGUGUGCAAAUGGAAGAGCUGGGCAAGCUGAAAGCACGCAUUGAGGCUGAGAACCGUGCCCUCAUCUUGCGUGACAAGGACAACACACAGCGUUUCCUGGAGGAAGAAGCUGAGAAGAUGAAACAGGUGGCGGAGGAGGCCGCCCGGCUGAGUGUGGCCGCUCAGGAGGCAGCGCGGCAGCGGCAGCUGGCUGAGGAGGGCCUGGCACAGCAGCGGGCUCUGGCUGAGAAGAUGCUCAAGGAAAAGAUGCAGGCAGUCCAGGAGGCCACACGGCUCAAGGCCGAGGCUGAGCUGCUGCAGCAGCAGAAGGAGCUUGCACAGGAGCAGGCCCGGAGGCUGCAGGAGGACCGAGAGCAAAUGGCACAGCAGUUGGCACAGGAGACUCAGGGUUUCCAGCGGACACUGGAGGCUGAGCGGCAGCGACAGCUGGAGAUGAGCGCCGAGGCCGAGCGCCUCAAGCUGCGUAUGGCCGAGAUGAGCAGAGCACAGGCCCGUGCCGAGGAGGAUGCCCAGCGCUUCCGGAAGCAGGCGGAGGAGAUUGGUGAGAAGCUGCACCGUACUGAACUCGCCACCCAGGAGAAGGUGACAUUGGUGCAGACGCUGGAGAUACAGCGGCAGCAGAGCGACCAUGAUGCUGAGCGCCUGAGGGAGGCCAUUGCAGAACUGGAGCGUGAGAAGGAGAAGCUCAAGCAGGAGGCCAAGUUGCUACAGCUCAAGUCUGAGGAGAUGCAGACAGUGCAGCAGGAGCAGAUGCUGCAGGAGACACAGGCCCUGCAGCAGAGCUUCCUCUCUGAGAAGGACAGCCUGCUACAGCGGGAGCGCUUCAUUGAGCAGGAAAAGGCCAAGCUGGAGCAGCUUUUCCAGGAUGAGGUGGCUAAGGCGCAGCAGCUGCGUGAAGAACAGCAGCGGCGGCAGCAGCAGAUGGAGCGGGAGAAGCAGGAACUGGUGGCCAGCAUGGAGGAGGCCCGGCGACGGCAGCAUGAGGCAGAAGAGGGUGUGCGGCGCAAGCAAGAGGAACUGCAGCGUUUGGAACAGCAGCGGCAACAGCAAGAGAAGCUACUGGCUGAGGAGAACCAGAGGCUGCGGGAGCGGCUGCAGCGCCUGGAGGAAGAGCACCGGGCUGCACUGGCACACUCAGAGGAGCUUGCCACCACUCAGGCUGCUGCCACAAAGGCCCUGCCUAACGGGCGUGAUGCACCUGAUGGCCCAGCUGCAGAGGUGGAGCCCGAGCAUACCUUUGAGGGCAUACGUCAGAGGGUCCCAGCCCAGAGGCUGCAGGAGGCAGGCAUCCUAAGUACAGAGGAACUGCAGCGGCUGGCACAGGGCCACACGACAGUGGCUGAACUCACACGGCGGGAAGAUGUGCGUCAGUAUCUGAAAGGCCACAGUAGCAUUGCAGGGCUUCUAUUGAAGCCCACCAAUGAGAAGCUGAGUAUCUACACAGCCCUUCAGAGACAGCUGCUGAGCCCUGGCACAGCUGUCAUCUUGCUGGAGGCCCAGGCAGCUUCCGGCUUCCUGCUGGACCCUGUGCGGAACCGGCGGCUGACUGUCAAUGAAGCGGUGAAGGAGGGCGUUGUGGGCCCUGAGCUGCACCACAAAUUGCUGGCGGCCGAGCGUGCCGUCACUGGCUAUAAGGACCCCUACACUGGGGAGCAGAUCUCGCUCUUCCAGGCCAUGAAGAAGGACCUCAUCGUCCGGGACCACGGCAUUCGCCUGCUAGAGGCGCAGAUCGCCACGGGCGGCAUCAUCGACCCUGUGCAUAGUCACCGUGUGCCCGUGGAUGUGGCCUACCAACGUGGGUACUUUGAUGAGGAAAUGAACCAUGUGUUGGCCGACCCAAGUGAUGACACCAAGGGUUUCUUUGACCCCAACACGCACGAGAACCUCACCUACCUGCAGCUGCUGGAGCGCUGUGUGGAGGACCCUGAGACGGGCCUGCGCCUCCUGCCGCUCACAGACAAGGCAGCCAGAGGUGGUGAGCUGGUCUACACUGACUCGGAAGCCCGUGAUGUCUUUGAGAAGGCUACUGUGUCUGCACCAUUUGGCAAGUUCCAGGGCAAGACUGUGACCAUCUGGGAGAUCAUCAACUCAGAGUACUUCACAGCAGAGCAGCGGCGGGACCUGCUACGGCAGUUCCGUACAGGCCGAAUCACAGUGGAGAAGAUCAUUAAGAUCGUUAUCACCGUGGUGGAGGAGCAUGAGCGCAAGGGCCAGCUCUGCUUUGAGGGCCUUCGUGCCCUCGUGCCUGCUGUUGAGCUUCUGGAGAGUGGGGUCAUCAACCAUGACCUCUACCAGAAGUUGCAGCGGGGUGAGUGCUCUGUGCAGGAGGUGGCUGAGGCAGACAGUGUGCGACGGUCUCUGAGGGGUGCCAACGUCAUUGCAGGUGUGUGGCUGGAGGAAGCAUGUCAGAGGUUGAGCAUCUAUGAGGCUUUGAAGAAAGACCUGCUCCAACCAGACGUGGCUGUGGCCCUGCUGGAGGCCCAGGCUGGUACUGGACACAUCAUUGAUCCCACCACUAGUGCCCGACUGACUGUGGACGAGGCUGUGUGUGCUGGUCUGGUGGGCCCUGAGCUGCACGAGAAGCUCCUGUCAGCUGAGAAAGCUGUAACAGGCUACAGGGACCCGUACUCAGGACAAAGCGUCUCCUUGUUCCAGGCCCUGAAGAAGGGUCUCAUUCCUCGAGAGCAGGGCCUGCGCCUGCUAGAUGCCCAGGUGUCCACUGGUGGCAUUGUGGACCCUAGCAAGAGCCAUCGUGUGCCAUUGGACGUUGCCUGUGCCCGGGGCUAUCUGGACAAAGAGACUAGUAGGGCCUUGUCAGCCCCCAAGGACGAUGCUAGAGCCUACCUCGACCCCAGCACACGGGCACCAGUCACCUAUAGCCAGCUCCAGCAGCAGUGCCGGCCUGACCAGCUGACCGGGUUACAUCUGCUGCCACUCUCAGAGCAGGCUGCCAGGGCCCGGCAGGAGGAGGUCUACUCUGAGCUGCAGGCCCGUGAGACCUUUGAGCAGGCCACAGUUGAGGUCCCCGUGGGUGGCUUUAAGGGCAGGACAAUGACUGUGUGGGAGCUCAUCAGCUCUGAGUAUUUCACAGAGGAGCAGCGGCAAGAGCUGCUGAGGCAGUUCCGAACUGGUAAAGUCACUGUGGAGAAGGUCAUCAAGAUCCUCAUCACUAUUGUGGAGGAAGUGGAGACCAAACGGCAGGAGCGGCUGUCCUUCAGUGGCCUCCGUGCCCCUGUGCCUGCCAGUGAGCUCCUAGAUGCUAAAAUCCUCAGCAGAGCCCAGUUUGAUCAGCUCAGGGAUGGAAAGACAUCAGUCAAGGAUCUCUCCGAGGUGGCCUCGGUGCGGACGCUGCUGCAGGGGAGUGGCUGCCUGGCUGGCAUCUACCUGGAGGACUCCAAGGAGAAAGUGACCAUUUAUGAGGCCAUGCGCCGGGGCCUGCUCAGACCCAGCACAGCCACACUCCUUCUGGAAGCUCAGGCUGCCACUGGUUUUCUGGUGGACCCUGUGCGUAAUCAACGCCUGUACGUCCAUGAGGCCGUGAAGGCAGGAGUGGUAGGUCCUGAGCUCCAUGAGAAGCUGUUGUCAGCUGAAAAGGCAGUCACUGGCUAUAAGGACCCCUACUCAGGUACCACCGUCUCGCUCUUCCAGGCCAUGAAGAAAGGCCUGGUUCUCAGGGAGCAUGCCAUCCGCCUGCUGGAGGCCCAGAUCGCCACAGGUGGCAUCAUUGACCCUGUACAUAGCCACCGCCUUCCCGUGGAUGUGGCCUACCAGCGUGGCUACUUUGAUGAGGAGAUGAGCCGUGUCCUGGCAGAUCCAAGCGAUGACACCAAGGGCUUCUUUGACCCCAACACGCACGAGAACCUCACCUACCUUGAGCUGUUGCGGCGCUGUGUGGAGGACCCUGAGACGGGUCUGCGCCUCCUGCCGCUAAAAGGAGCAGAGGAGGAGGAAAAGGCAGAGGUGGUGGCGACGACACAGGUGUAUACUGAGGAGGAGACCCGGAAGGCAUUUGAGGAGACGCAGAUCGAGAUCCCUGGUGGUGGCAGCCACGGAGGCUCCACCAUGUCCCUCUGGGAGGUGAUGCAGUCAAACUUGAUCCCUGAGGACCAGCGGUCCCGCCUCAUGGCUGACUUCCAGGCUGGCCGUGUGACAAAGGAACGCAUGAUCAUCAUCAUCAUCGAGAUCAUUGAGAAGACGGAGAUCAUCCGCCAGCAGAACGUGGCCUCCUACGACUACGUGCGCCGCCGCCUCACUGCCGAGGACCUGUACGAGGCCCGGAUCAUCUCCCUGGAGAUGUACAACCUGCUCCGGGAGGGCACCAAGAACCUCCGUGAGGUUUUGGAGAUGGAGUCUGCCUGGCGCUACCUUUAUGGCACAGGUUCAGUGGCUGGUGUCUACCUGCCUGGCUCCAGGCAGACACUGACUAUCUACCAAGCCCUCAAGAAGGGGCUUCUGAAUGCUGAGGUGGCCCGCUUGUUGCUGGAGGCACAGGCAGCCACAGGCUUCCUGCUGGACCCGGUGAAGGGUGAACGACUGACUGUGGAUGAGGCUGUGAGGAAGGGCCUGGUGGGUCCUGAGCUGCAUGACCGGCUGCUCUCUGCAGAACGGGCUGUUACUGGCUAUCGAGACCCCUACACCGAGCAGACCAUUUCUCUCUUCCAGGCCAUGAAGAAGGAGCUAAUUCCUGCUGAGGAGGCCCUUCGGCUGCUGGAUGCCCAGCUGGCCACAGGGGGCAUUGUGGAUCCCCGCCUGGGCUUCCACCUCCCUCUGGAGGUGGCCUACCAGCGGGGCUACCUCAACAAGGACACUCAUGACCAGCUUUCAGAGCCCAGUGAGGUGCGCAGUUAUGUGGACCCCUCCACUGACGAGCGUCUCAGCUAUACUCAGCUGCUCAAGCGGUGCCGCCGUGAUGAGAAGAGUGGCCAGAUGCUCCUGCCACUCUCGGACACCCGCAAACUGACUUUCCGUGGCCUGCGCAAGCAGAUCACUGUGGAGGAACUAGUGCGCUCACAGGUCCUGGACGAGGCCACGGCGCUGCAGCUGCAGGAGGGCCUGACCUCCGUUGAGGAAGUCACUAAGAACCUGCAGAAGUUCCUUGAGGGCACCAGUUGCAUCGCUGGUGUCUUUGUUGAUGCCACCAAGGAGCGGCUCUCAGUGUACCAGGCCAUGAAGAAGGGCAUCAUCCGCCCUGGUACAGCCUUUGAGCUCCUAGAAGCCCAGGCAGCCACUGGCUAUGUCAUCGAUCCCAUUAAAGGGCUCAAACUGACUGUGGAGGAGGCUGUGCGGAUGGGUAUUGUGGGCCCUGAGUUCAAGGACAAGCUGCUGUCAGCUGAGCGUGCCGUCACUGGCUAUAAGGAUCCCUACUCAGGGAAGCUCAUUUCCCUCUUCCAGGCCAUGAAGAAGGGCCUAAUCCUGAAGGACCAUGGUAUCCGCCUGCUGGAGGCUCAGAUCGCCACAGGUGGCAUCAUCGACCCUGAGGAGAGCCACCGGCUCCCUGUGGAGGUGGCCUAUAAGCGUGGCCUUUUCGAUGAAGAGAUGAACGAAAUCCUGACUGACCCCUCAGAUGACACCAAGGGCUUCUUUGACCCCAACACCGAAGAGAACCUCACCUACCUGCAGUUGAUGGAGCGCUGUGUCACUGACCCCCAGACUGGCUUGUGCCUCCUGCCACUGAAAGAGAAGAAGCGGGAGCGGAAGACAUCCUCCAAGUCAUCGGUGCGUAAGCGCCGAGUGGUCAUUGUGGACCCGGAGACAGGCAAGGAAAUGUCCGUGUACGAGGCCUACCGCAAGGGCCUCAUUGACCACCAGACGUACCUGGAGCUGUCGGAGCAGGAGUGCGAGUGGGAGGAGAUCACCAUCUCCUCCUCGGACGGCGUGGUCAAGUCCAUGAUCAUCGACCGCCGCUCAGGCCGCCAGUAUGACAUCGACGAUGCCAUCACCAAGAACCUCAUUGACCGCUCGGCACUGGAUCAGUACCGUGCCGGCACGCUUUCCAUCACCGAGUUUGCUGACAUGCUGUCUGGCAAUGCUGGCGGCUUCCGCUCCCGUUCCUCCUCGGUGGGGUCUUCUUCCUCUUACCCCAUCAGCCCUGCUGUCUCCAGGACCCAGCUGACCUCAUGGUCUGACCCCACUGAGGAGACAGGCCCAGUGGCUGGCAUCCUGGACACAGAGACGCUAGAGAAGGUGUCCAUCACAGAGGCCAUGCACCGCAACCUGGUGGACAACAUCACGGGGCAGCGGCUGCUGGAGGCACAGGCCUGCACCGGGGGUAUCAUUGACCCCAGCACUGGCGAGCGCUUCCCAGUCACCGAGGCUGUCAACAAGGGGCUGGUGGACAAGAUCAUGGUAGACCGCAUCAACCUGGCCCAGAAGGCCUUCUGUGGGUUUGAGGACCCACGCACCAAAACCAAGAUGUCGGCUGCCCAGGCCCUGAAGAAGGGCUGGCUGUACUAUGAGGCGGGCCAGCGCUUCCUGGAGGUGCAGUACCUGACUGGUGGCCUGAUAGAGCCUGACACGCCUGGCCGUGUGACCCUUGAUGAGGCUCUGCAGCGUGGCACUGUGGAUGCCCGCACAGCCCAGAAGCUGCGUGAUGUCAGCGCCUAUUCCAAAUACCUCACAUGUCCCAAGACCAAGCUCAAGAUCUCCUACAAGGAUGCGCUGGACCGCAGCAUGGUGGAGGAGGGCACCGGGCUACGGCUGCUAGAGGCUUCUGCCCAGUCCAGCAAGGGAUACUAUAGCCCUUACAGUGUCAGUGGCUCGGGUUCCACCACUGGCUCACGCACUGGCUCACGCACCGGCUCCCGGGCCGGAUCUCGGCGUGGCAGCUUUGACGCCACUGGCUCUGGCUUCUCCAUGACCUUCUCUUCUUCCUCCUACUCUUCCUCGGGUUAUGGCCGUCGUUAUGCCUCAGGACCCUCAGCCUCCCUGGGGGGCCCUGAAUCUGCGGUGGCCUGACCCCCUACCUGCACCCUGUCUUCCCGCUCUGCAUGUGGCCAGGCUCCCCACCAUGGCGCUGGGGUCUUUCUCUAAAGUGUAAAGGUGUCUUCCUCCCAAGCGGUGCCUAAAGUUUAACCAAAAAGACCAGACUAACACAUUAAUAUAUAUCUAUAUCUACAUAUCUAUAUCUAUUGUCUAGAUAGCCUGUGUCUUAAUGGGGUUGGCCCAGCUCCACUGACCACCUCACUUCCUUCAGAUUCCCCACUCCCUUCUACUUGCUACUCACCAUAGCCAGGUGCCUUGGAGGGUCCAGAGCUGGGUACCCAGCCUACUGCCCCUGAUUCCCCUAAGAGGGUUCUAUCUGGGAAAGGCCUCAGUUCCUCAAGCCAAUCCCAUUGGAUGGCCACUGAGGGCAGCUGGGGUCAGUCCCAUCAGACAGUUCUCAGUCCUCAGUCCUCUUGGGGCCUGGGCUGGCUUCUUCCCAUAGUGUUUCCCUGAAUGGCCUGCUCAGUCUUGCUGGCAAGGGUAGGGUCCCGGGCCAACCAUCUUUUCCAGCCUGCCCAGAGAAGCCCCUUCCCCAUGGGAAGAUGAGGCCCGGGCCUGACCCAGCCUCCUGCCCAGCUCCUGUAGUUGUUGGAGCUCAGCUUCAUGGCUUACUGCCCCUGACACUCUCCCAAGACCCCAGCCUCUGGCUUCAGCCUUCAGCCUCAGCUCCCCUUGUAAGUGCCUUCUGUGUCCUUCCUUGUGCUCCGGCCCUAAGGACCCAGACCCAGGGUGGGAGAUGGACAUCUGGUUGGGUAGGGCUUGGGGGGGUGUCUCAGAUCUCUCCUUCUCCAUGGGCCCAGUGGCCCCUCAAGCCUGUGGAACCCUUCCAUGGAUGCUACUGCUCACUUCGCUGCCAGGGAGCUCCUACCCCUCCAUGGCCCAGGGACUGCUGAAAGCACCCCUCCAGUCUGGCCUCCCCCGGCCAUGGUGGCUCCCACCCCACCUCCACCCUCUGAUGAGCUUUGCAUGUCCCACUAACCUUGGGCUGGCGGCAGUAGGGGCACCAGGCAGAACACUAACCUGACCAUGGGCGGGGCCCUGCAGUGUCCGCCCCUCAAUAAAAGCAAUUCCAACCUU